AUGAACCCCAAGGCGGCUUCCAAGAAGCGCAAGGCUGUCACCCGCGAUGUGGAGGAGGAAGCUGGUGUUUUCUCCGGUGACGAGCUGAGCAAAGGCAACAUUGACGGAGCUCUUUCCGACAACGCCAACGAUCUCUCAGAGAGCGAAGACAGUGACUCGGAGGUUGAAUUGGUCGAUGAAUUCAGUGAUGACGAGGAUGAAGACGAGGAAGAAGAAUUGGACAGUGACGAGAUCCCCUCCGACACCGAAGGCGACAAGCCGGCUGCCGGUGAACGUAACUUCCGUGUUGUGAAGGACGCCAACGGAAACGACCGUUACCUUUGGGACGAAAUCCACCCCGACGACAAUUCCGAAAUUUCCGAGGCCGAUGAAAACGCCAACACCAUUGGCGACAUUCCCUUGAAGUUCUACGACGAAUAUCCCCACAUCGGUUACGAUAUCAAUGGAAAGAAGAUCAUGCGCCCCGCCAAGGGCGAGGCCCUAGAUGCUUUGCUUGAUAGCAUUGAAAUCCCCAAGGGCUGGACUGGUCUCACCGAUCCCAAGACCGGUAAGCCAUUGGAGCUUAGCCAGGAUGAAUUGGAGUUGCUGCGCAAAGUGCAGAUGAACGAGGUUCCCUCUGAGGGCUAUGACCCUUAUGAGCCUACAGUGGAAUGGUUCACCAGUCAGACUGAGAUCAUGCCAUUGAGCGCAGCUCCCGAGCCCAAGCGUCGCUUUGUGCCAUCUAAGCAUGAGCAGAAGCGCGUUAUGAAGCUUGUGAAGGCUAUCCGCGAGGGUCGCAUUCUGCCAUACAAGGCCCCCGAGGACAAGGAGGACAAGGAGGAGGCUCUCAUUAACUAUGACCUGUGGGCCGACGAAGCUGAGCGACCAGACCAUGUCAUGCACAUCCCGGCUCCCAAACUUCCACCUCCAGGUUACGAAGAGAGUUACCACCCGCCUGCUGAGUACCUGCCCGACAACAAGGAACGCAAGGAAUGGGCGCAAACAGAUCCCGAGGACCGUGAGAAGGACUUCUUGCCCAACGACUUUGGCUCUCUCCGCAGAGUCCCUGGAUACGACAACUUCGUCCAGGAGAAGUUCGAGCGUUGCUUGGACCUCUACCUUGCCCCUCGUGUGCGUCGCAGCAAGCUGAACAUCGACCCCGAAAGUCUUCUUCCCAAGCUUCCCAGCCCCGAGGAGCUGAAGCCCUUCCCAACUGCUUGCGCCACAGUGUUCCGCGGCCACAAGGGCCGUGUGCGCUCCGUCAACGUGGACCCAACCGGAAUCUGGCUGGCCACCGGUGGCGACGACGGUACUGUCCGCGUCUGGGAGCUCCUCACUGGUCGCCAGCUGUGGAGUGUCAAGUUGAGUGACGAUGAGGCCAUCAACGUUGUCCGCUGGCGCCCAGGCAAGGAUGGUGUCAUCCUUGCUGCCGCCGCAGGCGACGAUAUCUUCCUUUGCGUGCCCCCAAUUGUCGACCCUGAGAUCGAGAAGGCCAGUUUGGACCUCCUCGACGCAGGCUGGGGUUUCGCUGCCUCCAGACCCGCCCCUAGUGCCUCCGAGGAGGGCAAGAAGAACGCGCCUCCCACCUGGAUCCGACCCUCAUCUGCCCUCCUGGACGCCGGUGUGUGCGUGGUCAUCCCCCUGCGCUACGUCCCCAAGUCUAUCUCUUGGCACCGCCGUGGUGACUACUUCGUCACCGUCUGCUCGGGAGCCUCGACCCCUGCCUCCGUCGCAAUCUCCAUUCACACAACUGCUCACUUCCACCCGUCGAAGCCGAUUCUCUUCGUCGCGAACCAGCGCUCCAUCCGUGCCUACGAUCUUUCCCGUCAGCUCCUUGUCAAGAUCUUGCAGCCUGGUGCCCGCUGGAUCUCGUCCUUUGAUAUCCACCCAACCUCAUCCAGCGCCUCAGGCGGCGACAACAUCAUUAUUGGUUCUUAUGAUCGCCGGCUGCUUUGGCACGAUCUCGAUCUCUCUCAGCGUCCUUACAAGACCCUUCGCUACCACAAAAAGGCCAUUCGUGCUGUCAAGUUCCACCCCAGUGGACGUUACCCGCUUUUCGCGGAUGCUUCCGACGAUGGAUCCCUCCAGAUCUUCCACGGCAGCGUUACUGGCGAUAUGCUCAGCAACGCCACCAUUGUGCCAUUGAAGGUUCUGAAGGGCCACAAGAUCACUGGCGAGUUGGGUGUGCUCGAUAUCGAUUGGCAUCCGCGUGAGGCGUGGGCCGUCAGUGCUGGUGCCGAUGGAACGUGUCGCUUGUGGAUGUAA